AAUAAUUACAAACACUGGCCAGUAUUCGGCGCGGCAUAAGCGCGCGCGGUCGUGUGCAAAUAUAUGUCGCAUAUUUUAAUAUAUUUAUUUACGAUUUCGCAUCGUGAAAUAGUGAUACUUCGGAGUAAUGGAUAAAAUAAAUUUUACCAUAAACGGGGAACCGUUUUGCCUUUCGGGAGCAGAGGUGAGUCCCGUGACGUCAUUGAACGACUUCCUGCGAUAUACUGUCCAAUUGCACGGCACCAAAGCGAUGUGCCAUGAAGGCGGGUGCGGCGCAUGCGUCGUCUCCGUCACUCAGACCCACCCAGUGACCAAGGAAAAGUGCGAGUUUUCUGUUAACUCGUGCCUCGUCCACGUCUUGUCAUGUCACGAAUGGAACAUCACAACAGUGGAAGGUAGGGGAACCCGCAGGGACGGCUACCAUUCGAUACAGCACCGACUAGCCGCCUUCAACGGGACUCAGUGCGGCUACUGUACCAGCGGAUGGGUGAUGAAUAUGUAUAGUUUAUACAAAAAUGCAGCGAAGAAACUAACAACACAGGAAGUGGAGAACUCAUUCGGAGGCAUUAUGUGUAGAUGUACUGGAUACAGACCUAUCUUAGACGCCUUUAAGAGCUUUGCAAAUGAUGCUGAUCCAUCUUUGAAGAACAAAGACAUAGAAGAUCUGGUACGUAUUAAAUGCGCCAGAAAAUGCAGUCGCAAAUGUAGCGAGUCUGAUGAUGAGUGGUGUAUAAUAGAAACGCCUCAGAGGCUGAUGAGCUUGGAAACUACGGGAGGACGGUGGUACAAAGCGUACACAGUUCAAGAUGUUUUUCAGAUUUUAAGGCGGGAUGGUUCCAAUAACUACAGCCUGGUAGCUGGUAACACAGGACAAGGAGUAUAUCCAGUUUUAAACGAGCCAAAGAUCUUCAUAGAUAUAUCGUCAAUAGAGACUCUGAAGAAUUCGUUCUCGGAUGCGAAUCUGGUGAUCGGAGCUGGUAUGUCGCUUACAGAGGUAAUGAAGCUCUUCCGAAGAUGCACUAGCAGCGAGGAAUUCCAAUACCUUGACACGUUUUAUAAGCAUUUGGAUUUGGUUGCUCAUGUGCCAGUUCGAAACAUCGGCACCUUGGGUGGCAAUAUAGCUAUGAAGAAUAAAUACCAUGAGUUCCCUUCGGACGUGUUUCUAUUGCUGCGAACAGUUGAUGCUACUGUUACUUUAAUGAAUAGGGAUUUAAAGAAAUUCGAGUUGAGAAUGCGAGAUUUCCUAAACACUGACCUUCGGGAUAAACUAAUUGUAGACGUGAAGUUACCUCCACUCGCUGCCAACAACUUAAUUAGGACCUAUAAGAUCAUGCCUCGCGCCCAAAACGCACAUGCUAUAGUCAACGCCGGCUUCUUAUUCAAAGUAGAUGCAAACCAAAAUAUCCUAUCUGCGAAUAUAGUUUACGGCAACAUUAGUUCUACUUUCAUCAACGCUAAGAAUACAGAGAGUUCUCUAUAUCGUUCGUCGCUGUUUUGUAACGAAACUCUAAACAAAGCUUUAAGGAAACUGGACGAAGAGAUAACACCGGUAGAUGUCCCUCCCGAGCCAUCGCCGUCAUGUAGGAAAAGCAUUGCUUUGGGAUUGUUUUAUAAGGCCAUUCUAUCUUUAGCUCCAUCAGUAAAUCCUCGGUACAAAUCUGGUGGUACGAACCUGGAGCGCGCCGUGUCACAGGGCACGCAAGUGUACGACACAGAUAAAUCUCUGUGGCCCUUGAACGAACCAGUGCCGAAGAUUGAAGCUCUUAAACAGUGUUCCGGUGAAGUGAAGUACGCAUGUGAUGUGCCCGUGGAACCGCGAGGAGUACACGCAGCCUUCGUACUGUCUACCAUUUCUUUGGGAGAAAUAGAGAGUUUCGAUGCAACGGAUGCUUUGAACACUCCAGGAGUCAUAGCAUUCUAUACUGCAAAAGACAUACCGGGCAAAAACACAUUCACACCGCUCGACGUUCCCUGGCAAAUAGUCAAUGAAGAAAUACUCGCCUCCAAAAAGAUAAGUUAUUAUGGACAACCCAUCGGUGUAAUUGCGGCCACAUCGCAUCGGUUGGCUCUUGCGGCAGCAGAGUUAGUGAAGGUCAAAAACAUUCAGUCGAAAGCGAAGCCUGUUUUGACAGUUAGAGAGGCUUUGGUUGCGCCGGAUAAAGACAAGCGGAUCCGUCAAGAAGCAGCAAUCAUUCCACAACGCAGAGGCACAGAUAUUAAGCACGUGAUCAAGGGCAGUUUCACAGUGCCUUCCCAGUACCACUUCACGAUGGAGACGCAGUGCUGCACCGUCAGCUACUCCUCCACUGCGCUCGUGGUCAGGUCCUCUACGCAGUGGAUGGACAUCGUCAACGUGGCUGUAGCACAGGCCUUGGAUAUUGAUGAAAAUAAUGUGACCGUGGUAGUGCCACGGUUAGGGGGCGGUUACGGUGGGAAAGCAUCCCGCUCGUCGUUAAUAGCGUGCGCGUGCGCACUAGUUGCGCAUAAACUAAACCGCAGCGCGACCCUCGUCUUGCCGCUCACACAUAAUAUGACGGCGAUCGGCACCAGGCAACAGUGCGAGUGCGAUUAUGAAGCAGGCGUCAACGACGACGGUGUGAUUCAAUAUCUUAACGUAGAAUACUACUCCGAUUGCGGGUACAAUUACAACGACACGUCAGGGGCAGAAAUAUCUGGCACCAUGACCAAUCUGUACGACAGUUCCACAUGGAACAUCAAGGGUUACAGCGUGCUCACUGAUAAGGCUGGAUGCACGUGGUGCAGGGCGCCAGGGACAACAGAGGGCGUGGCGAUAGCCGAGCAAAUCAUGGAGCACAUAGCAAAUGCGACCGGCAAAGAUCCAGCUGACGUCAGAAUAGCCAACAUUGCAGAAAAACACAAUGUUGUCAAGGACAUGAUCACUUCCUUCAAACAUGAAGUUGAGUUUGAAGACAGGAAUACUGCUAUUAAGAAAUUCAACAAUGAGAAUGCUUGGAAGAAGAAGGGAAUGGGCAUGUCGGUUAUGUCAUUUCCAAUAGGUUAUUCGUGGACAUUCCCUGUAACGAUAACAGUGUACCACGCAGACGGUACGGUAGCCAUAUCCCACGGUGGGAUCGAAAUGGGACAAGGAAUCAAUACCAAAGUAGCUCAAGUGUGCGCCUAUUCUCUCAAAAUACCACUUGAAAAAAUCGUGGUACGUGGCAGCAACAGCUUUGUAUCUCCAAACACGAUAGCUACUAACGGCAGUAUGACUAGUGACUGCGUGGCCUACGCUACUGUCAAGGCCUGUGAAGAGUUGCUGAAGAGGUUUAAGGAUGCUAAGGAAGAUCUGAAUGAGCCCACUUGGGAGGAGGUCGUGAAAGCUGCUUUUAAUAAAGGUAUAAACUUGCAAGCUUCAUACAUGACGUCUCCAAACGACGGACUAGCGGGAUACAACGUAUAUGGAGUAUCAGUAUCAGAGGUGGAACUAGACGUCCUGACCGGGAACCACAUCCUCACCAGGGUCGACCUACUGGAAGACACGGGAAUCAGCAUGAGCCCAGAGAUUGAUGUUGGGCAGAUCGAAGGUGCAUUCGUAAUGGGCCUUGGGCUAUGGACGUCGGAGAAACUGAUCUAUGAGUCUACGGGCCGGCUGCUGACCAAUAGAACCUGGACCUACAAGCCUCCUGGUGCUAAAGAUAUUCCUGUCGACUUCAGGGUAUCCUUUAGAAGAAAUGCACCGAAUCCUACUGGAGUUUUGAGAUCAAAAGCGACUGGUGAGCCCGCGUUGACGCUAGCGGUGGGGGUGUCACACGCGCUGCGGACAGCGAUCCUCGAGGCGCGCAAGGAGUUCGGAUACAACGACACCGAGUGGCUGCAUAUUGAUACACCGUUCAGCGUGGAGAGCAUCAUCAAAGCAAUAUCACCUAAAUAUGAAAGAUUUAAACUAAAUUAACAAGAAGUAUUAGUUGACAAUGAAUGAACUGAAGAUGAAGUUAGUGGUUCAUAUUCCUUUUCUAUUUUAGAUAUUUAAUUAUAAAAUAGCGUUAUUUAACAAUGUGAAAGGUACAAUAAAUGUGAAGAACAAAAAUAAUCAUUUUUA